UCCACACCUGCAGCUGGAUGAAGAGCCAAAGGGAAGAGGGGAGCGUUCACUGGCGCGCGGCGCUUUAUUGGGAAUAAUGUGACGGGAGUGAUGGAGUGACGGAGUGAUGUUCACGAUCAUGAUCAUGAUUUAUCUGAAUGAUUUUGAGGGACUCGUUUGUGCUUCGUUUGUAUCAGAAGAUCGUAGAAUGGAGGUGAAAUAAGCAUAAACAAACUAACAGACAGAAAACAAGAUAAAAGAGACAGCGUGGCUCAUCAAUGCUGCUGUUUACUUUCUGGAUCAUAAGUUGAGCGGCGAUGCGCGCGCGGGUGAGGAUAUGAUGAAGAUAAAGGAGAUGAUGGUGAUGAAGAUGGAAGUGAUAAUGAUGAUGAAGAUGAUGAUGAUACGCGGCGCGUGGAUCCGGAGGUGUCUUGAAGGAGGGAGAAGAAGAUGAAGACGAGGAUAAGGAAUAAAGACGAUUAGCUGAUUAUGUUGAUUAUGAAGGUAAUAAUGAUGAAGAUAAACAUUAUGAUGAAGAUGAUGAAGAGGAGGAGCAGCACUGUGGAGUCGUUCGGAAGUGAAGUUUCCUCGCGUGGCUCGUGCUCCGGGACUCCUGGAUUCUCCUGUUAAACUUUUUUUUCAUGCUCCUCGUGGUCGGUGGAGCGGAGAUGUCGCCCGGACGACCACCCGCGAGCUCAGCGAGUCAGUCCCGCUGCAGGAGGCGCCGGCACGCGCGCGCUUUCUCCACGUGAGACUGUCCCAACCAGCUUCGCUUCUUUCAGCAGGGGGACCCGGACCUGGACCACUGUGUGAUGCUCUGAAGCUGCACUUUCUUAAACUUGCAAAUCUCAGUAUAGAAAGUCUAAAAGUCAGGAGGAUAACGCAGGGUGAUGGAGCACUAUUAAUAAACGUCAUGUGGACGUUUAGACGCAUGGAGCUUUCUGCUUAACACGAGCUCGUUCUUCAUUCAGGAAUGAUAAACUUUACUGCGGAGAGAAAAUGCUGCUGGAGCGCGGCUCGCGCAUGACCAGCGCUCAAGUUCACUGAAGGCUUCACUGUGGAUGCCCCGCGCGCACACAGCCGCCCCCUGCAGUAUACUACAGUGCUGCUAUGAGGCUGCGUGUUGAGGGUUGACCUCCGGCCCUGCCUGGCUUCUCCCUGUCCCUCCGCCGCUCCUCCCAGCCCCCAUGCAGGCUAAAAAGCGCUACCUGCUGGUGUCUGCGGGGGCCUGCGUCCUGCUGCUGGCCUACCUGUGGACCCUGCAAGUCGCUGAGCUCCAGACCCGGAGCCCCCCGGAGCAUUUCUACAGGCCCUCGCAGAUCCAGCCCGAGCUGGUGGAGCCCCCUCUGAGGCCUUACCUGGACGGGGCGGAGGAAGAGGAGGAUGGACCCCUUGUUCUGCACCAGCACGCGUCACCCCGGGAAAGGCGGGAGAUCCGCAAGAACAUCUACAAGAGCCGCCGCUGUCGCAUGGAGACGUGCUUCGACUUCAGUCGGUGUCAGAGGGCCUUCAGGGUGUACGUUUACCCGCCUCAGAAGGGAGAGGUGGUCUCCGAGAGCUACAGGAAGAUCCUGGCUGCAAUCGAGGAGUCCCGCUUCUACACCCGAGAUCCUGACGAAGCGUGCCUCUUUGUGCUGGGGGUCGACACCCUGGACAGGGACCAGCUGUCCGCUCAGUAUGCUCAGGAUGUACGGGCCAGGAUCCAGAGCCUUCCAUUGUGGAACGAGGGCAGGAACCACCUGAUCUUCAACUUGUACUCUGGAACCUGGCCUGACUACACCGAGGAUUUAGGCUUCGAUGUGGGCCAAGCCAUGCUGGCCAAAGCCAGCGUGGACGUGGGGAACUUCAGGCCACGUUUUGAUGUGUCCAUUCCCCUGUUUUCCAAAGACCAUCCCCAGAAAGGAGGAGAAAAGGGUCACCUGACAUCCAACAAUAUCCCACCCGCACGGAAAUACCUGCUGGUCUUUAAAGGAAAGAGGUACCUCACGGGCAUUGGCUCUGAAACCAGGAACGCUUUGUAUCAUAUACAUAACGGGGAAGAUAUGAUUUUGUUGACAACCUGCAAGCACGGCAAGGACUGGGAGAAGCAUAAGGAUGGCAGAUGUGACCGAGACAAUGAAGAAUACUCAAAAUUUGAUUACCAGGAGCUGCUACACAACUCUACGUUCUGUCUGGUUCCUCGCGGCCGGCGGCUCGGCUCUUUCCGUUUCCUUGAAGCCCUGCAGGCAGCGUGUAUUCCUGUGUUAUUGAGUAACGGAUGGGAACUUCCUUUCUCGGAGGUGAUUGAUUGGAGCAAAGCUGCGAUCAUUGGAGACGAGCGAUUACUACUGCAGAUCCCUUCCAUCACGCGGUCAGUCAAUGCGGACCGUAUCCUGGCUCUGAGGCAGCAGACUCAGUUCCUGUGGGACUCGUACUUCUCCUCCGUUGCGAAAAUAGUCUUAACUACAUUAGAGAUCAUCCAGGACAGGAUACACACACACAUCUCCAGGAGCAGGUUGAUGUGGAACUCUCUCCCUGGCGGACUUUACACGCGCCCACAGUUCUCCUCUGAUCCCGCACACUUCCCCUUCUACUAUGGAGUCCUGGGAAAGGCACCUCAGCAGGAGUUCACAGCUAUUAUUCAUGCUGUAACUCCUCUCCAGUCUCCACUGCAGCCAAUCCUCAAGCUCAUCAUUGCCGUGGCCAAGUCUAAGUUCUGUUCACAGAUUAUCGUGCUGUGGAACUGUGACAAACCCUCACCCCCCAGAAACAAAUGGCCGUCCACCAACGUCCCUCUCACUGUCAUCGAGGGAGAGAGAAAGACAAUGAGUGGCCGAUUUUUUCCUCAUGACGUCGUCAGGACGGAUGCGGUGCUCAGCUUAGAUGAAGACUCUGUGCUGUCCACCAAUGAGGUGGAUUUUGCCUUCAUUGUGUGGCACAGUUUUCCAGAGCGGAUCGUGGGCUAUCCAGCACGCAGUCACUACUGGGAUGGAGGAAAAGGGAGGUGGGGCUACACCUCGAAAUGGACCAAUGAGUACUCUAUGGUGCUGACAGGGGCCGCCUUCUACCACAGGUACUAUAAUUACUUGUACACUCACUACCUGCCAUCUCGGCUCCUCUCCAUGGUGGACCAGCUGGCCAACUGUGAGGACAUUCUAAUGAACUUCCUCAUCUCUGCAGUAACCAAGCUCCCACCAAUCAAAGUCACGCAGAAGAAACAGUAUAAGGAGACAAUGAUGCAACAGGGUUCCAAAUCAUCCCGGUGGGCAGACCCAGACCACUUUGCGCAGAGACAGUCCUGCAUGAACUCCUUCACCGGCUGGUUUGGGUUCAUGCCCCUGCUUCACUCUCAGCUCCGUCUGGACCCCGUCCUGUUCAAGGAUCAGGUCUCCAUCUUACGCAAGAAAUACAGGGACAUCGAGCGCUUAUAGGGGGCGCCCCACCUCCCCGCCAAUCACAAAUCAUCUCUAUAAAAGUGACUGCCUUUUUUUUAAGGCGUGCCGUUUUGCCUGGACUCGGUCUCAUAAAUAUUAUGUCUGCAAAUCAUUAAUUAAGAAAAGAAUAUGCAACUCUGGGCAUUUUUCCUUUCAGCGGCUGCGGUCGAAGCGACUGUGGGCGUUUGAGAUUGAGGCGGACUUUACAUCCUUGUCAUCUUUAUCGUUGUUUGUGGAGACGCCCAGCACUCCUCGAUGCCUGCAAUAUGUACUUUCAGUUCCCUUAUUUUUUGUACGAUUUUCUCUUUUUUUAAAAAAGAAGUCUAAAGUCUAAAUAAAAUUUCUGAAUGCA